GUUUCUUCACAAAAAACCUAGGGGUCAAAUGAAUAUCUCAAUUUUAAAACAAAGUCAAACUGCUGUCAGGAGUCCUUCCCCCUUUCUUUUCUUCUCCAUUAACUUUGCAGUCUUCAUGGUCUUUCCUACUUUAACUUUUUCAAUUUCUUCCUUUAUUGUUAAAAAACCUCACAUGUAUUGGUUUUCAAUAAAUACACAGUGUUGGCUUCUUGAAAAUAACAUUUUUAAUGCCCACUCAAUGUUUACAUUGGUAAACAUCAAUACAAAAUCAAGGAUUCCAUUUCUUUAUUAAAUUUUCUUACAAUCUAGAUUUUUUUUUGCACUUAAAUAUAAUAUAUUUACCAUUGCUAUGUAAACUGUUAUUAUCUUUGAAUGAAAUAAGCUGUUACAUUUGCCUCCCUGAUUUCUAGCUAUAUAAACUGUAUAAUCUCUGAAUGAUGCUGUUACAUUUACCUCCCCCAUUUCUAGCCAUCCUCCAUGAUGACUUUCCUACAGGAGCUCUCCUACACGUCCCUCCACCCCCUCCCCCCGCUCCACGGAUAUCUUGGAUCCUCCCAAUCACAGCGGUAUGGACCCCACAGGAGCAAUCUCUCCACCAGGGGGAGCCAGAAGGUCAUAUCUGCCCCUCAAGGCAAACGGGAAAUGACCUUCGCUACCAUGGCGACAGGAGGGAGCACCAUCAGGGACACAUUUACGUCAUCAUCCAAGGAUUCCUUUAAGUACUUGUUAGGUACAGGGAAGACCACAGAUUCGAUGAUUGCGCGUCAUGGUGGAGCGGAUACAGAGCUGGAUAUUAUGAUGAUGGAUAGCGAGGUAUAUCCGUCCCGUGUUGGAUGUGACGCCCAGGUGAACCUUCCCUUACCUCCUUAAAUGUGUAACUAUGGAAACAUAACAUGGCAACAUAAUGUGUGACUAUGGAAACGUAACAUGGCACCAUAAGUUGUUACUAUCACAUGACACCUUCACAAAUGUCCAUAAUAUCGAUCUCAGAUUCAUCUAACAAAUUGCUGACUUCCUGGGUUGUAUUAUGUUUUUGACUUAAUCAUCACAUGUUUCUAUUGAUAUGUUCCCUUUGAAAUGCUUACACAAAAUCUGUUCAGUGACCGUGUCCCACAUUGAAUGAGUCCACGCUUCCUUAAUGUUUCAGUCCACUCUAAUUUUUUUGUUUUCAGGGAUAAGCAAAAUGAAUGCAGAUUUUCUUUUCAGUGUUGUAUUAUAUGAAUUUGUGUGUAAUUUAACAUGUUUUGUGUUUAUUUUUUUGUUUUAAUCUUUUGCUAUUGUUUGGUUGUAUUUUUUUUCUAACUGGAUUGUGUAAGCAUAUGUGUGACUUUGAGUUGGUUUUCAAUGAAACAAAAUAAGUUUAAAGUUCUUGACUCCUGAAAAUUUUUUAUUGAGAAAUGAAACUAGUGGAAGUUUAGGAAAUUAUCUUUUUCUACUUAAAAUAAUUUUAAUUAACAAAAAUCCUAAUAAAUAUAGUGCACGUUCUUAGUAUGAUUAUAAAGGUAUUAUGAGGAAUGUUAUCAUUUUUACAUUCUUAUUAUUGUCAUUUAGGAUUAACAGUCCUUAGAAAAAUCAAUUUUCUUAAUUAAUUACACUGUACUUUUCAAACA